AUGGCAUGGAACGCAGCAUGUGCAAAUAAUGGAGGUGGUCUGGUUUUAGUACCAGCAAUUGGGAGGUUCUUGGUUUUGCCAUUGUUGCUUCAAGGUCCUUGCAAUGGCUUCAUUCAAUUGCAGAUCGAUGGCGAUCUUUUGGCUUCCCCCGAUAAGGCUUUCGUUUCCGGUUACUAUUGGCUCCAAAUCCAUCAAGUCAACAACUUAGCCAUCCAUGGUCUAGGCCGCUUGGUCGGCCGAGGUCAAACUGCUUGGCCUUACAACACUUGCUCUACAGACGCAUCAUGCACUAGGCUUCCUAUCAAUUUGAUAUUCCAAUCAGUCAACAUUGCAAGGAUCAGGAACAUAAAAUCCUUUCAUAGCAAAUCUUUCCAUUUCGCAUUGAAUGGGUGCAACGACGUCUUGUUUGAUAACGUUACAGUGAUUGCACCAUCAGAUAGUCCCAACACGGACGGAAUCCAUAUUUCCAUGUCUACAGGUAUCACCAUUCAAAACUCGUUGAUUGCCACUGGAGAUGAUUGCAUCUCCUUGGGUCCUGGAAGCCAUACCGUUAACAUAACCAAUGUCCAUUGCGGUCCUGGCCAUGGAAUAAGCAUUGGUAGUCUCGGAAGAUAUCCGAAUGAAUCAGAUGUUUCUGGAAUCACAGUGAGAGACACCAAGUUCUAUGGCACAAUGAAUGGUGUCAGGAUCAAAACAUGGUCGUCAUCGUAUCAAAGUGUGCUUAGCAACGUCGCGUUUUUGAAUCUCGAAAUGCAUAAUGUCAAUAAUCCUAUUGUCAUCGACCAAAACUAUUGCCCCCACAAUGCUUGCCAACAAACCAAAGUGAGUGAAUCAAGGGUACAAAUUAAAGAUGUCAAGUAUGAAGAUAUAAGAGGAAGUUCAAGCAUCCAAGCAGCGGUAACUUUCAAUUGCAGCCAAGUUGCUCCAUGCCAAGGGAUAGUGCUACAAAACAUUAACCUGACCUUCAAUGGCACUGGCUCCUCCACUUCCAUUUGUCAAAAUGUUAGGGGUUCUUCUUUUGGCCCUCAAUUGCCUCCUUGUUGUUUUUAA